AUGGGACGGAACAAUGAAGAUGAGUACGUCACGUACACGAUCGUGACGUGCCAAGAAAGCACGACCGCACCAGCUGACUUUGCCAAGCUGAAGAUUAAAUGCUUUCGCGGAGGGUCCGCGAAGGACUGGCACGAAUUAAGCAUGAAGUUCAAGUGCCUCGCAAAACGAAAAGGCUGGGGUGCUGACCAACUCACCGUUCAACUGCUCACGCUGAUCGACGGAGAACUAUCGUGCGAGGUCGAGCGCAUCCCCAGCGAAUCUUCGAAAGAUUGGACAUACGUUCGAAGACUUCUACCGUGA